CGCGGCGCACAGGUGUGGAGCCAGUGUGUCUGCGGGCCGAGCCCGGGUUCUGAGACAUGCCAGUUGGUGGGUGCAGCUGGAGGCCGUGAUGGAGCCCCUGCAGCAGCAGCAGCCGCCACCGCAGCCGCCGCCUCAUCUGACUGCCCUGCAGAUGGAUGCCAGAGAGAAGCAGGGGAAGCCCAUGAGAGACGCCCAGUUCCUGUACGCCCAGAAGCUCGUCACCCAGCAGACUCUCCUCUCCGCGACGCCUGGGAGGCCUUCGGGCAGCUCUGCCCUGGGUCCCUUAGCCAGGGUCCCCACGGCGGCGGCGGUGGCAGCCCGGGUUAUGGAACGGAGCACUGUGAACUCGGAGCCCGAGGAGGAGGAGGGAGGGCUGGAAGGGGAGGACGACGGGGAGGAUGACGUGGCAGAGGUGUCUGAGAAAGAGGGCCAGGCAGCUGCAAAAUAUUUUCCUGUGCAGAAAGGGGCUCGCCAAGACCCCAGAGUGGGCCCCCUCUCGGGCUUGCUCCCCGCCCCGGGGCUCCCUCCGCACGGACAGCACGCGAAAGAGGAUCGCACCAAAGAGGCUUCCUCGGCCCCACCUUCCGGCCCCGCAGGCGGCCAGCCUGCCUGGAAUCUGGAUGAGCAGCUCAAGCAGAACGGUGGAUUGGCCUGGAGUGAGGACGCGGAUGGAGCCCGGGGAAGAGAGAUCUCUCGAGAUUUUGCCAAGCUGUAUGAACUGGACAGUGACCCGGAAAGAAAAGAGUUCCUGGAUGACCUCUUCGUCUUCAUGCAGAAGCGGGGCACCCCCAUCAACCGAAUCCCCAUCAUGGCCAAGCAGAUCCUGGACCUGUACAUGCUGUACAAGCUGGUGACGGAGAAGGGGGGCCUGGUGGAGAUCAUCAACAGGAAGAUCUGGAGGGAGAUCACCAAGGGCCUGAACCUGCCCACCUCCAUCACCAGCGCCGCCUUCACCCUGCGGACGCAGUACAUGAAGUACCUCUAUGCCUACGAGUGUGAGAAGAAGGCCUUGAGCUCCCCGGCCGAGCUGCAGGCGGCCAUCGACGGCAACCGGAGGGAGGGCCGGCGGCCCAGCUACAGCUCCUCACUCUUCGGCUACUCGCCCGCCGCCGCCUCGGCCUCCUCUGCCGCCCGGGCUCCUGCCCUCCUCUCCCCCCCCAAGAUCCGCUUCCCCAUCCUCGGCCUGGGCGCCGGCGGGGGCAGCAGUGCCAGCAGCCCCCGCAUGUCCCCUGCGGCUGCUCUCAGGAAAGGCGACGGGGUCCCGGUGACGACGGUGCCAAGCCGCCUGGCCGUGCCCAUGGCCCUGGCAGGCCAGCAGGCUGGCAGCCGGACGGCCACGCUGGAGCAGCUGCGGGAGCGGCUGGAGUCGGGGGAGCCCGUCGAGAAGAAGGCGUCGCGGCUGUCGGAGGAGGAACAGCGCCUGGUGCAGCAGACCUUCCAGCGCAGCCUCCUCAGCAUGGCGCGGCAGCUGCCCAUGAAGAUCAGGAUCAACGGCAGGGAGGACAGAUCGGAGGCCUCGACUGCAGCCCUGAACCUGACCACAGGCAGCAUUGGGAGCAUCAACAUGUCGGUGGACAUCGACGGCACCACCUACGCAGGCGUGCUGUUCGCCCAGAAGCCGGUGGUGCACCUCAUCGCGGGAUCCGCGCCCCAGAGCCUCGGUGGCGGCAGCAGCGGCAGCAGCUCCUCCUCCCACUGCUCGCCGAGUCCUACCUCAUCCCGGGGCACCCCCAGUGCAGAGCCCUCCACCAGCUGGUCCCUCUGACGGGCCACGGGCCGGG